CACCUCCAUCGCUGUAGGAGUAAUUAUUUAAAAUUGUACAAAGUGGGACCUCUUCAUGUUGUGAAGAUCUAUGGAUAAAUCAGGGUCAUUUGGUACAGUGCACCGCGAACUGGUAUAUUAUGAUCGGACGUGUUUAAAAUAUUUCAACACUUUAUCAUUAUCAUAAACAUUUCAAUCUGGGUAUUUCCAAUACUGAUGUAAUCGAUGUAAUAAACAUUUUGAAAAGGCAAAAGUAUGAAAAGAGCGUCUCAGGUAGGACAAAGUGUCUCUUGAUAUCAGAAAUCUUUCAACAUUAGAGUGCCAUUAACACGUCCGAGAAAGUUAAUCUUUCUUAUACUGUAGUUAUAGCAGAGGGCCCGAUUAAGGCACGCGAAGUUCCCUGCUAAGAAUUUAUAUAUAGCUUAGAUCUAUAUUGUAUAUUUCCUUGUACGUCAAUAUAUAUUCGAGAAAUUGAAGGCCAAGAAUUAUGCUCAUGAAAAUGUUGGCCUGUGUUCAAAAGAAUUUGCAGAAACCAGUAAGUCGAAAUAAAAAAUAAAAGUUUGUGUGUUCAUUUUGCUUGCUAUUGAGACUUGUUGUGGAAGUCCGUAAUUAAGACAAAGAAACACGUGUCAAGUUAACUUCUGUCACGCCCACUUAAACCGCGCCCACUUAUGUCGCGCCCACUUUUGUCACGCCCACUUUUUCUUCGCCCGUUGUCGUCAUGUUACAAAAAAGCGCAUAGCAGCUAGCUAUCUAGAUCGUACUAAAUUGACGUUUGCGCGCGCGCGCGUACGCGUAGGCUAGGCCUUCGUAGUUGUAUUUUUGCACGAUAAAUGGAAGGAGACAAGGGACCGAACUGAAUUCAAUCUUUAAAAAACAUUGGAAAACAUUUUUUUUAAUUUCAAUUAAGGGUUCUGCUAAGUUGUUUAAGGAUCUCAGACUAACUCUUCUCUAGAAUUCUACCUUUCUGAUUAGAUUCUCCAUGAGGCAUGAGAUUUUAAGAGAACAUGCUGCAUGUUGCAAACAAAAAUGGACCUGGCAUCGACGAAGAAGAUGGGAUAGGACUACAUGUAGAUGAUGAGCUACAAAGGUGUCUUCCCCUCAAGAAACGGCAUCCGACUUGCGCUCGAUGCCGCAACCACGGGCUCAUCCUGGACCUCAAAGGCCACAAGAGAUUAUGCGAGUACCGCUACUGCCGGUGUACUCGAUGUAUCGUCGUGAGCCAGCGGCGAGUGGUGAUGGCCAAGCAGGUAGCCCUGAGUCGAGAGCAGGUGAGACAGCACAGGCAAGACCAGGACACCUCUGAACAGCUACGGGAGAGCCAACGCUUUCAUCAUGAUGUACCACUGCCUCCUCCAGUGAUUGAUCUCACCUCCGAAGGACCAAAUUCAGAUGAGAUGGCGUAUCCCGUUGUUCAGCCGUCGCCAGAUUCGACAAAUAUCGGAUACGGCAACAGUCCAUAUUCUUCGUGGGACUCGUCUCAGGCGAACUUAUCACAGCCGACACAAAUGUCGUCGUCGUCAUCUCAGAAUGUUUUUGGACAAGCGUCGCAGUACUAUCCCACAUCCUUCCAGUCGGCUCAGAAACUUGAUUCUCAUCGACCGGAGAUGUUCUUCACAGCGAAUCCCUCGAGUAGGCGGAUAAUGCCAAGUCCUAUUAUGCCCUACCAAUCCAGUGACCCGCGGGUUACAAAUCUCAGCGAUCGAAUCCCUGGAGCCUCGCCGGCCUCCCAAGGAAAUUUUGAACAAGCGCCACAUUAUCACUCAGCAUCAUUUCACACCUCUCAGGUCGAUGAAAUGUAUCGACCCCAGGUUUCUCUCAGUGCUAAUCGCACCGUGAGACCAUUAACACCAAGUUCUAUGGUCACGUCUUACGAAUCCAUGGACCCACCAUCGGGAUAUUUUCCUAGCCGAAUGACUGCAACUUCAGCCAACCUUUCGUCAGCUCAUAGUGUUAUGGGACAAGCGUCACAGUACUGUCCAAGACCAUCAUUCCAUUCAUCUCUGGUAGAUGAAACGUAUCAAUGCCAAGUUUCCGUUACAGCGAAUUACAAGACGGGACCGGUCUUCCAAAAUCCCAUGAUGGACACAGAGUCGGCAUAUCGUGACAGUUACAUGUCGGCAAACCCGCAGAUGAAUUCCACUGCCGCCCCGCGGAUCAGUUCCAUGCCCAACACUUUUUUUCGUGCCGGAGAAACAGUACAAAGCAUGUGCUACUGUAACGUCCCAGACCAGGCUCAAUUUCAUCCCCAGGUGCCCACCUUUCCAAGUUCGUUAAGAGUAUCACCUUUCGAUGAGCAAGCGACACCAAUGUCCUCGUUACCUCCAAGCGUCGUGACGGCGGCGCAGCGAUCUUAUAUCAAUACAGAUCGACAUCCAUCGCCAAGAGUUACGUCAACAGCUGCGUAUACAUUUCACACAAUAGACGAGCCUCCCUUCUAUUCGCAGAAUGACAUUCCCUACCAAGACGACGAGCCUGCAUUCCGGUCACAAAGAGCCACAACAUCAGAACAAUCGCAAGACAUGCCCCUAGAUCACUCGGACGACUUUUCCUGGAGUCCGCAAGCGGUAACCGCGACAAAAAGCCCAGAAGCUGUCUCGUCGGAUCACUCUCCUGAACCGUCCUAUAAAUCUCGUCGUCCUUUUCCUCUUAGAAUCACCAUCCCGUCUCUACAGACGAAUGAGAGUAGCUUCACCGACAUCCGAUCUCCAAUCGACCCAUCUCCUACUUUCUCACCAUUCAGCUUAAGCCUCCUGGCAAACACGACCCUGCCGACAAGUGAUAUUCCUUCUCCUGGAUUCUUUACUUCUUCUCUCCCUUCCUUCAACUACCCCUCUCCGACGUUGCCCACUCAGAGCUCUCCCGUCUUUAGCUAUCCGUCUCCAUACACCAACCCUUCCAAGUACGCAGGAGUACCUUCCUUCCAGAGCCUUGCGGACUCGCUUUUGCCUGUGAUGCAAACCAGCCAAGUGACAUCAAACUUCGCGGAGCAGGUUCGGAUCCCGCCAAAAUAUGACGAAGACCUUGAUGACGAGCGGGAGGGUGACGAAAUUGAUGUUUGUUCUUUGGGCCACUAUGCCAGUGAUAAUUUUUAACGUUUUCAAGACCUCGUAAUCCCAUUUGUCAGCUUGUCAACAAAUACAAUUUGAUUUACUUUGAAAGAACUUUGCAUAAUAAUAAUAAUGAUAAUUUUAAUGUGAGUAAAUAAAAAUGAAUGCAAUUUAACAUAUUCAAAUUCCUUGCGGUAUAAGUUCUGCUCUCGAACUCGAUGAUUCCGUAAUGUUAACAGGAAGAUUGGACAAAACAUAAAUAUACCCGACGGCGUGCAAGAACAAAUAUAUUUAGUAUGAUUAGCUUUUAUUUUCAUUUAUUUUUUUGAUACCUAUGUCUUCAUAUUAAAAGGUAGUAGAUGUUUGCUGAUCUUUUUCCCCUUUUAAGAUUUUAAGAUUCUUAUUCCCUUUUAAUGAAUAUGAUAACCCGGUGCGUGAAUUGCCAAUAGUUUUUUGUUUUUCGUGUACCAACAGAUAGGUCUUUGUGUGCAUAUAAUUCGAUCUUAAUUAAAUCAGGAUGAAUAAUGAGAUUCGAUAUCAUACAUUUAUGACUUUUUGUGCGUCACUUCUUUUGAAUUAAAAAAUCAAAGAGUUUAAAAUGUCGGAACAGCAACAAAUUAUGUCAAUCCGCAAGACAAAUUACCAAUCGACACUUCGUUCUUGUUGGAUGAUUCAUGAAAGAUUCUCAUUACGUAGUUGAAAUUAAAUGCAGUUUUUAUGAAGUUAACAUCCGUAUCAAAGCGAGUCACGUGAAAAGAAACAAAACAACACUUUUAUUGUUAGAUACAAUGUAUUUUAGCAUAAUUUUCACUCAAGUUGCUCUUUAAUUAAAUGGGUUUAAACAAAUCUCGGCAUGGACGACUUGAUCUUUGAGGGCGCAAUGCUUUUAACUUGACAAUGUACUUUGGAUGUUAAUUGAUUUUAAAAGCAGUUUCAAUUGCUCUUUUUUUCUCUUUCUCUUUUUCUCUAUUUCUGCCCAUCUCUAUUUACGUUAUAUGUCCUUUUUUUUCUUUUCACUUUAUCUUGCAUUUUCUCUAUUGAUUUCUUUCCAAUAUUUUUGACUUUUUUUAACUUUCUAUCAUAGAUGAGAUCGAACAAAUUUCGAUACAUACAUGUAUAUCUUGUAAAAACACUGUUUUUCCGAUUCCUACAUUGCUUCAUCAAGCCGAAAUCAAGCAUCGGAUUACAAUAAAUAAAACUAUUUCACUCUUAUUUGCAAAUUGCAAUGUUUGUCAGGUUAUAAGCUGUGUACAGACUAACCCAAACAAUAAAAGUAGAUGUAUAAUUUAUCUCACA